AUGCCCAACCAGAUCAGAGACAUCGCAACCCGCGACGAGACCUCGUUCUCCUACAUCUUCGAGCAGAACCUCACCAUCCCACUCAAAGAUGAAUCAGGUCUGGUCCGAUGCAACAUCUACCGCCCCAAGACCUCAGAGAAGGUCCCUGUCCUCGUCACAUACGGACCCUACGGCAAGGAUAUCAGCUAUGAAGCCUUCCACCCGCAAAGCUUCAGCGAAGUAAACCCCGAGCAACGCUCCGAACACUCCGCCUGGGAAACGCCCGACCCGAAAUUCUGGACUAGCAACGGCUACGCCGUGGUGCGCGCCGACGAGCGCGGCACCGGCCAGUCAAUGGGCAAGCUGGACACAAUGUCGCGAGGCACCAGCGAAGCCUUCUUCGACGUCGUCGAGUGGGCCGCCGAGCAGCCCUGGUCCAGCGGAAAGGUCGGGCUCCUUGGGAUUAGCUACUACGCUGGGAGCCAGUGGCGGGUGGCAGCGCGGCAACCGAAGGGUCUUGCGUGCAUUAUUCCCUGGGAGGGGAUGUCCGACUACUACCGGGAUCGGUGUCGACAUGGUGGGAUCCUGUCGAACAAGUUCAUCAAGUUCUGGUGGGACCGACAGGUCGUCAGUAACCAGUAUGGACUUGGGGGACGGGCGGCGAGGAACUGGGGACCGGAUAGUAUUGAAGGGGAUUUGUCUGAUGAGGAGCUUGUGCAGAAUCGACAGGAUCAGACGGUUGAUAAUGUGGUGAAUCGGUUCCGUGAUGACUUGUACUAUGCCUCUAAGGAGUAUAGCAUGUCUGAUAUCAAGGUUCCAUUGUUGUCUGUUGCGAACUGGGGUGGAAUUCUGCUUCAUCUGCGUGGUAAUGUGGAGGGGUAUACACAUGCAGGCUCGGACUUGAAGUAUCUCCGCUUCGUCACUGGCCGACAUGACUUGCCGUUCUUUUAUCCAGAGGAGGUCGAGCUGCAGCGCAGUUUCCUGGACGCUUUCUUGAAGGGCGAGGACCGGGCCGGGUGGGCCGAUGGCACUGCGCCGAAGGUUGACAUGGUUCUGCGCAAGGGUGAUGUUGGACAUAACAACGCUGAAGCCGAGAAGACUUUCCCUCGACGUGUGGAGCAGGAGUGGCCGAUUGCUCGUACGCAGUAUACCAAGUUCCAUCUCACCUCGGAUAACGGGCUCGUCACAUCUCCACCGACGGAAUCUCGCUCAACAAAGAUCUCAUACCAGGCUCUUGGUAGCCUCGAGAACCCCCAGCUGGUCCAAUUCACGACCGACGCUUUCGAGGCCGAAACUGAGAUCACGGGCCACAUUGUCGCCCACUUGAAUGUGUCUAUGAGUGCAAACCCGGGCUCGGAAACGCCCCAGGACCUGGAUCUGUUCGUGACACUGCGCUAUAUCUCGCCGGCUGGAAACGAAGUCUUCUACACGGGUACAGCAGGUGAUCCGGUGCCAUUGUGCAAGGGAUGGCUGCGCGUUUCGAUGAGACAGGUCGAUACUGAGAAUUCUAAGCACCGGGAGUAUCUGCCUCAUCGGAAUUAUUACUCGACUGAUGUCAAGCCUGUUAUCCCCGGUGAGAUUUAUCCAGUUGAUGUGGAGGUUUGGCCGACAAACGUGGUCGUCGAAAAGGGUGGUAAGAUUUUUUUGGAGAUUGGAAGUGGUGAUACUCAGGGCUCUGGAAUUUUCCAGCACAACUCGCCUGAAGACCGGUCUGUUGAACGCUUCCAGGGCCAGAAUCACAUUCACUUUGGUCUUGCGGAGAAUUAUGUUACGCUGCCUAUUAUCCCGUCUGCUUAG